UCAGCAAAAAAUCGAUCGAAAGUGACGAGAAAGAUCCGAAGAUGGCGACCGCAGGCGAGGGUUCUUCAGCUAAGAGAUGGCUUCCACUUGAAGCUAACCCAGAUGUUAUGAAUCAGUUUCUAUGGGGACUUGGUCUUGUCCCAGAUGAAGCAGAGUGCAAUGAUGUGUUUGGCUUAGACGAUGAACUUCUUGAGAUGGUUCCAAAGCCUGUUCUUGCUGUUCUCUUCCUCUACCCCAUCACCAAAAAGAGUGAAGAAGAGAGAAUCGAGCAAGACAAGGAAAUCAAGGAAAAGGCGCAUAGUGAUAAAGUUUACUUCAUGAAACAAACUGUGGGUAAUGCUUGUGGAACCAUUGGCCUUCUUCACGCUAUUGGGAAUAUAACCUCUGAAAUCAAACUCUCCGAGGGAUCAUUCCUGGAUAAAUUCUUCAAAUCCACUGCCGACAUGACUCCUAUGGAGCGUGCAAAGUUUCUUGAGAAUGACAGUCAAAUAGAAGAUGCUCAUUCUGUAGCUGUUUCAGCUGGUGAUACACCUGCUUCUGAUGACGCGGACACGCAUUUCAUCUGUUUAGCUUGUGUCGAUGGUGAGCUCUAUGAACUUGAUGGAAGAAAGGCAGGACCAAUUUCACACGGUGCUUCCUCUCCAGCUACCCUAUUAAAGGAUGCGACGAAUGUGAUAAAGAAGAUGAUUGAGAAGAAUCCGGGCUCUCUCAACUUCAAUAUGAUAGCCAUCUCGAAGAGAACAUGAGGCUCUUCCAAAGAAGCAAAAGUCCCUUAGUCUUUUUUCUGAGUUUGUGACGUAAUGACGAAGACAGAUUUUAUAUCUUCAGUUUCUGUUUGUCUACUACAUUCUGAAGUCUGAGCAAUUUACAGUUGAUGAUCAUGGUUUAGAGAAUGCAUUUUUAGAUCAGUAUUAUAUUC